AUGGAUAACGCAAAGAACGCAGUUUAUGACAAUGCAUCUGCAGCUGCUAACACUGUCGGAAAUCAUCCUUUUACUCAAAGUGUCGUAAAUGUGGCAGAUAAUGUACGAGAGCAACAUCAAAAGACUCAAGCAGAAUUUGCCAACCUCGCAAAUUCACGCACCACUCCUUCCAAUACAACAGCUACCGGUCAACAACUCACACAUUACCAUUCCUUUUUCUCCAACUUAUUAUCAUGGAACAACCCUCGUGCAUCCGGAAUUGCAUACCUCUCCACGGUUGCAUUCAUUUUCGCAGCCAGAUAUCUUGAUAUCCUCCGAUAUUCAUUCAAGGUUACAUAUAUGGCUUUGUUUGUGACUGUUCUCGCAGAAGCUCUUGGAAAGCUAGCUUUUUCGCAUGGUCUUACAUCCCAAUUUAGACCUAAGAAAUACUAUACUCUUUCAAAAGAGACUCUCGACAAUUUACUCGGUGAUGUCCACGAGCUCAUUAACUUCUUCGUCAUUGAGUCGCAACGUAUUCUCUUCGCCGAGAACCUCUUUGUUUCUCUUACUGCCUUGAUCGGAUCUUUCAUUUCCUACUAUUUGAUCAAGCUCAUUCCAUUCUGGGGUCUCUCUCUUAUCUUCACCUCAGUCAUCUUUAUCUGCCCACUUAUCUACAAGACCAACAAGGAGCUCAUCGACAAUCUCCUUGCUCAAGCCUCCAGCGUCGUCAACCAACAAACUAAACAAGUUAAACAACUCGCCAGUCAACACGCAGCUCAUGUUGCCGAGACCACCAAGCAAUACGCUGGGGAGUAUGCACACAAAGCACAAGAGAUUAUUAGAAGCCGCUCUGGAUCUCCAGAGGCUAGGAGGGUUACCUCUUCCCCAAUAACAACAAAGAUCAAUGGCAUCAAAGAGGAGGAUUUCCCAGAAGCACCAAAAGAGGAUUUCAAGGCUACCAUGGCUAGUGAGAGCGAGCCACUCAUUGCCGCAUAA